UGCCUGUUCUGCCUUGGGCUGAGAUGGGGUUGUCUCUCCUGGUAGCCCAGCCUCUGGCUUCCCCUGCAGGGUGGCCUUAGCUAGGAAGCUGGUUCUGCAUUGAGAUGCUUCAAAGGGUCAAGCUGAGAUGGCCCCUCGCUGGGUGCAGGGUGUGAGGGCUGCUGUGUUUGCAGGCUGAGGAGGCUUGGGGCAAAGUUGCCUUGAUCCUGUUUGCCAUUGCCCCCUUGGGUGUGUGAAAUGAGCUGCCUGUCUGCUGGCAGGAUGGGGGAGGAUAUGAGACUGGCCACAGCUGCGGUGCUCUGGUGCUGGUCCUCUAGUAGCAUCUCAAGGACUUGGUGUUUCUGGUGACAAACACAACCAUGGGUGCUAGUGCACCGGUGCCUGCCUGGGUAGUGAUGAAGUGCCACGGAGCUGCUAACUAGCAAGAUGCCCCAAGCCCCUGUGCGUAGAAAGCAGUAAGUGACCUUGGCCACCUGUAGCCAGAUCAGUCCAGGGUUUAAAACGUGGCUGAACUAGAGUGAAAUGUGCUGGGAAUAAGGCUUGAAGCGGCACUUGUAGCUAGAAGGAUACAAGAUUUACUAUCUCUGCUGGUGCCUGUGGCAGGUGUAGCCUCUGCCUGUAAAUCAAGGCAAAUCUAGCUUGUUUAUCCAGUUGUUGCAAAAUGGAGCGGUAGUCAUUCAAACUAAACCUGUUGUCUUGGAUCCUCGCAGCAGGUGAAGCUUUGAACUCACUUUUAUCAACAAACAGCUGUAAAGAUGCCCAGUAUGAAUGAGCAAGAUGAGCGGAUGAGGAAGUUCAAAAACAAGGGCAAAGAUGCAGCUGCUAUGAGGCGGCAAAGAGUGGAAGUGAAUGUUGAACUGCGAAAGGCCAAGAAAGAUGAACAGAUCUUAAAAAGGCGAAACAUUACUAUCACUCUGGAAGACAGGCUCUCUCCAGAGCAGGAGAAGAAGGAUGCAAGUGCUCAGCUUUCUUUGGAGGAAAUAAUCAAAGGUGUGAAUGCAAAGAGUCUGGAGAUUCAGCUGAAGGCUACUCAGGCAGCCAGACGAAUGCUGUCCAGACACAGGAACCCACCUCUCAAUCAGAUCAUAGAAGCGGGGAUUAUCCCCAGACUGGUGGAGUUCUUGAGCCGUAAUGACAACAUUACCUUGCAGUUUGAAGCAGCGUGGGCGCUGACUAAUAUUGCUUCUGGGACAUCUGACCAGACUAGAGCCGUUGUGGAGGCGGGGGCUGUCCCAGCUUUCAUAGACCUCCUGUCCUCUCCACACAUGCAUAUCAGUGAACAGUCUGUGUGGGCACUGGGCAAUAUAGCAGGUGAUGGUCCCCUGUACAGAGACUCCCUUAUCAAGUGCAAUGUGAUUCCCCCCCUGCUGGCUCUGGUGUCACCUGCUACUCCAAUUGGGUUCCUACGGAAUAUCACAUGGACGCUGUCGAACCUCUGCAGGAACAAGAACCCGUACCCUCCUCUGGAGGCAGUGAAGCAGAUCCUGCCAGUGCUCGUCUGCCUUUUGCAGCAUGAAGACAAGGACAUUCUCUCUGACACAUGCUGGGCAAUGUCCUACCUGACUGAUGGAUCCAACGAUCGCAUCCAGAUAGUGGUGGACACUGGGAGUCUUCCAAGGCUUGUGCAACUCAUGGCCAAUCCAGAGCUGAUGGUUCUGACUCCUUCUCUACGUGCUAUUGGGAACAUAGUCACGGGGACUGAUGAGCAGACUCAGUCAGCCAUUGAUGCAGGCAUCUUGGCCAUUCUGCCACAACUCCUGCGACACUCCAAGCCAACUAUACAGAAGGAGGCAGCAUGGGCACUCAGUAACAUUGCAGCAGGACCUUGCCGGCAGAUCCAGCAGCUUAUUACUUGUGGACUGCUACCUCCUCUGGUGGAGCUGCUGGAUAAGGGAGAAUUCAAAGCUCAGAAAGAGGCUGUGUGGGCAGUGGCCAACUUCACAACGGGAGGCACCGUGCAGCAAGUGGUGGAACUUGUCCAGUCUGGGGCUCUCAAACCUCUGCUCAAUCUGCUUUCUGCCAGAGAUGGCAAAACCAUCUUGGUCAUCCUUGAUACAAUAUCAAACCUCUUCCUGGCAGCAGAGAAGCUGGGAGAGACGGAAAAGCUCUGUGUCCUUGUGGAAGAGCUUGGUGGUUUAGAGAAAAUAGAGGCACUGCAAACCCAUGACAAUAACAUGGUCUAUCGAGCUGCCUUGGGUCUCAUAGAGAGAUACUUUGCUGGUGAGGAGAAUCCAGACUUGCAGCCAGAAGCUGACCAAGACAGACAGACAUUCAACUUCUCAGCAGAGAAACAAGAUUUCUAUGACUUCUGAAAACGGAGCACUGAAAUGGGGGGGAGGAAAGGGGGUGAGGGGAAGGUGCAUUCUACUACCUGCUCUCUAAGGGUAAAGGUGAGGAGGGUCUUUUUGUAUUUCUGAAACAUAGCAAUAAAUCUCACUUUCUGGAUUUGUA